GACUCGGGAGAUUAAGUCAACACUGGACGUGCUUAUAUUUUAUUAUGAUUUAUUUGUACUGGAGAAAUAUGACGAGUCAUUUAGACUUGCUGAAAUCAGAAUGUCAUCAAACAUUAGAGUCUGCACCUCAGCUAGAGAACCCACAAAACUGCAGUUUUCAAUUCUGCUUCAUAAAUGGGCUGCUGAAUGUUUCAUAAGUUGAAGAUCAGAAAAUUAGGUUGCAAGUUACAUCAUGGAAGUUCGUGCUAUUGCAAUAGUUCUGUUGUUGCUACUAACUCUUAGAGUUGCCAAUUCCACUUGUAUUAAAAAACAAGUGACAUCCUGCAUUUCUUUACCAAGCAACCCUACAUGCCUUGGGGCAUCCCUAUCAUCAGUUAGUGGAUUUACACACACCUCCACAGUUUUUGCAAAUGAUUCUUCAACUCUUGAUGAAGUUACAGAGAAACUGAAGUUAUGGAGUGGGCUGAAAGCAGCUCCCAAGUGCUGGGAAGUUAUUCAACCUUUCUUGUGCUCUGUAUAUAUGCCAAGGUGUAAUAAUACUGACCUAGCAGUAGAAAGACCCUCAAGGGAGCUGUGUCUCAAAAUGAGAACCCCCUGUGAUAUCAUUAGGAAGAUCAGUGGUUGGCCGUUUUUCCUGGAUUGUAAUCAACUAGAUAUUUUCUCAGCAAACUGUACGGAGAACUCUUAUGAGAAAAAAGAAAUCUCGUUUGACACAACUAGUCGAUGCAACUCUCCAUUGGUGAAAACGGAUAAUGUGAAGAGCUGGUACAGCGAGGUGGAGGGAUGUGGAGUCCAGUGUCAGAAUCCACUCUUCACGGAAGAGGAGCACGAAGAGGUCCACAUCAUCAUCGCGGUGUUUGGAUCACUUUGUCUGGUCUGCACCCUCUUCACUAUGCUCACUUUCAUCAUCGAUUGGAAGACUGCCAGUCGUUACCCCGCCCUCAUUCUCUUCUUCAUCAAUGCCUGCUUCUUCCUAGGCAGUAUUGGAUGGAUGGCCCAGUUUUCUGGGAAUGCCCGAACAGACAUUGUCUGUAAGACAGAUGGUACUGUGCGGAAAGGGGAGCCAGAGUUGGGAAAUGGGGAGACGGCUUCCUGUACGAUAGUGUUUAUCUUGGUGUACUAUUUCAUGAUGGCUGGCUGUGUUUGGUUUGUAAUGCUGGCCUUUGCCUGGUACCUGACCUUCCGAGCCCUAGGAACUCAGAGGGAUGAUCUCAAAAACAAAACGUCCUACUUCCACAUUGCCAGCUGGUGUGUGCCACUGGUGUUGACCAUUGUCUGUCUGUCUGUAUCAGAGAUUGAUGGAGACUCCCUGAGUGGUAUCUGCUUCGUUGGAGUGUUUAACAAUGGUUACAGAGGUGGCUUUGUCCUUGCUCCUAUUGGCCUCAUGCUUGUCAUAGGGCUGGGCUAUCUCAUUUUAGUUUUAAAAACUUUGAUCAAGCUGAAGAAGGAGUCCCCAGAUUACAUCAGUAUUAAAGCUCUGUCUAAAAUAAAGGAAACCAUCAUCAGGCUGGGUAUUUUCACCUUGCUGGAUUUCCUGUUUGUUGUAAUUACAUUUGCUGUACAUGUGUAUAUCUUUGUCAAUGAACAAAGCUGGUCCGAUAGCUUUAAAGAGUAUGUCUAUUGUCAAGGUAAUGCAACCGCAAUACAAAGUGUAUACAAUGACUCCUCUGUCGCCUGUGAAUUGUCAAGCCGUCCCAGUGUGGUCGCCUAUGGGUUCCACAUCCUGGCCUUCUUUGGGGCAGGAAUCACCAUGAGUAGCUGGUCCUGGACCAAAGCAUCCCUUCUGGCCUGGGAGAGAUUCCUUAGAAAAGUGUUUAGAAAGCCCUCAAACAGGCCAGUCAAACUAAAAAAACAUAAAGUGAUUGCUAAGGCCUUUGAAAAGAGGAAGGAGCUGAAUAAUGGUCGCCUCUCCAUCAGCUUCGCGAGUACACAUGAAGAUCCACUAGGAAUGAAAUUUGACCUGAACAGUGUGAGUUCAAACAACAGCAUGUCGUCAGACUUUCGGGCAGCGAUGCCCAAGCUGGUGAAGAGAAGGGGUGGUAUGAUGCAUCCCACGGCGGGGACACUGAGGAAGUACUCAGACUCAGAUAUUGGAUCAGUGGUUUCCAGGAUGGCAUCAAGACGCCAUUCUAUUGACUCACAGAUCAGCGCUGCACAAGGACAAUUCAGAGUCAGUGAUGAAGAAAUGGAGAUGGAAGAAGUUGAAUAUGUAAAGACAAGAAGUAAUAGGAACAAGGCUAAAAAGAAAAAGAAGAUUAGGAAAAUGAAGAGGAACAGAAUUCUUCCAGUUCUGGGUCCCAUCUCAAAUGCUAUGUCUUCUGCUGCUUAUGGAGGUAGACGCAGGCACAGCAGAAGAGGAAGUGGAAAUUCCUUGUCCAGCCGAGCAUCAGCUCAAGGGGUGGAUAUAGAUGUGGAGAAAAAGAGUCUGGAAGCUAUCUCAAUCACUUCAUAUUCCCAUCAAAAUAGUCUGGAUGCUGCAACUCUGCCAGAACCCCCAAAACAUUUGGGAAAAAUGGCCAAUUUCUCAAUAUUCACAGCAAGUGCUUACAUGGGAGAACUGAAUGCAAAACUGAAAGAUUUGGAGAGCACAGAUAGAAGUGAAAGAGAGUCUAUCAGGUCAUGGGGAGAUAGGAAACGUAGAAAGACAGAGACUGGGUCUGUCAGUGGUUAUGUGACAUCAGAAACAGAGGAGCCAAGCACUAAUGGCUUGGUGAGGUUGGGUAGCAGCAGAAAACUUCGCCAUAGCAGAAGAUCUGAAAAUGGUAGCAGGCGUCAAAGAAGCACAAGUUCCCACCAUGAUGGUACAAGUAAACAAGAAGACAGUGCAACUGAAAGUAAAAAACCAGUAAGCACAAGUAGGAGACAAGACAGUGGAAAGAAGCAUGAUAAAAGUACAAGCACACGACACGACAGUGCCACCAAACGAGAAGACAGUGCAAGCAGACGUCACGACAGUGCUGGCAGACGACAAGACAGCGCUAGCAGACGAUAUGACAGUGGAAGCAGUAGACAGAACAGUGGUAAUGGUUAUAUGAGAAGUAGAGAUGUUACUCUGGAGAUGGCGGAGAUGUUUUACAGGCAGCAUCGGCAGGCCAGUUCUGCCACCAGUAGAACUAGUGGACGACAGGGCUCGGCAAGAUCAGCCCGAACUUCUUCUGCCAAAUCCGAGCGGUCUAUCAUCAGGCAGCUUCCUGGAGAAACAUCGGCUGUUGAGAUUGAGAAUCUUCACGACCCCUAUGCCUCGUCCAACUGAAAUCUUUCUGGUCUUUUCUAUUAUACUUACAUUUUUACUGGUCUUUAUUCUUACAUUUGUGUUACUUUUUAUCUGAAGUAAUUUAUUGUCAUGAUGGGUACCAAUAUUAUUUUCAUUUUGGUAAUGAAGUAGGUAUCAUAUUAGUUUUUCAUUGCUUUAGAAUUUCAAUGCAUUGUUAUUUUUAUUCCAUGCCAACAUUUGGGUUAAAUCAUACAGGAUUUGCCCUUUACAUUCAUUAGUCCUUUGGCAUAAUAUUAUAAGGCCUUUUUUUUCUUGUUCUUUUGCAGAAUUUGAUAGCAUUAUUCUGAUGGUGGUCAGAAUUGUUGAUAUAUGCAACUGUAUACUUGUGUAAUGUUUUGUAAAUAAUGUCUUAAACUUUGAAUCUCUUCAUUGAUGAAUCUCUUUUCUUUAUACCUGAAGAAUCUCAGCUGAAUCUCAUCUCUUGACAUGUAUAGGCUUAUCAAGAGAUUCUAUUUAUCUGUCACUAUAGAUUUUUUUGUAAGCAUGAAUUUGUAUGUGUACAUUUGUGAUUGUAGCUUGGAUAUGACAUGUUUGUAAGGAUCAGUGCAUUGACAUCCUUGUUUCUCUAUUGUCGCUACACACGAGGAUCUCCUCGUGUGUAGUGACAAUAGAGAAACAAGGAGCAGGUCAAGGAUCUGAUUUUAAUUAGAUUCAGUAAAUUAAUUUUGUAGUAAUUCUCAAAGAUGAACUUUUUAAAUUUUUAUUUCACUGUCAAAUAGUUUUGUGAGGCUAUAAUAUUACUGAGGUAAAACUGCCAAAAAAAAACUACAUCGUGGUAGAUAAACACGUACAGUAUAUCCAUCACUUUUUCUAUGAAAACAUUUUUUAUGAUGUGCUGCAUUCAGAUAAAGAACUGGUGCUUAAUCUAUACAGUAAAGUGCUUGUUUAAUAAUUAAUUAAAAACAUAUCUCUACCUCCAUUUUAGGUGCAAAUGUGGUGUUAAAUUUUUUUAAAUCAGGUUUUCCAAUGUAGUAUUGAGGUUGUGCACUUAAAUUUUUUUUAAAUCUAAAUGUGUUGCAUCUAUAUCUCUUUUUACAAGAAAGCAGGUGUAUUGUAUACUAGUAAUUUUUUUUAAGUAUUUUAUUUUCAAAUAAAAAAUAACUGCCUUGCAUGUUUGUGAAUGUAUUACUUCCCAGUACUACUCCUAUCCCAUGUAUACAUGUUCUAUAUUUACAUGUCAAAUCAUCAAAUUGGAUGGAAGUAAAGCUUUAGAAUGUUUAUGCAUUAGUGCAAAUAUGAAUUACAUGUACAGUUCUAAAAAUGUUUCAUUAAUUAAGGUGUUGAAAGUGCUAGUUUUGAGUGCUUAUAAAUUCAAUAAGUACUGUCAUUUAUUUUUAACAUGUAUUUUACAAUUUUAUCAUUUUUGAUAGAAAAUCAAUUAAAGAAAAAUAAAUUAUAUGCUAGACAAAGUUUAAACUCGUACCCAUUGAAUGUUAUAAUUUACUUUCUUUUGGGUACACUUGGAUUAACAGGGUAUUUUUUUCACCUGUGUACAAGUUGGCAAAUUUAUUACCAUUUACCACUUAGGAAAAUACCAUAUGACAUUAUCAGUUUAUAGUUUUGAAAUAACUUGUGGCAAAUGCUGCUUCAUAAAAACUUCAUAUAAUUUUACAUGCAUUGAGAUGAGUACAGAGUGUUGCUGUAACAGUGAAAAUAAUGAAUCAUUGCCCCAUAAACAAGCAUGCCAAAUGUCAUUGUAAUCAUGUAAAAUUAUCGUUACAUUUACCAUGGGAAAUCAAUGUUUUCAUUUAGCAUACUAUCAUGUCUUCCAGAAAUCUAUGUUUCAUUAUAUACAGUGCCAUGCAAAAAUUGCUGAAAUUUUUAUUCUUUAAUUUUUUUAAUGAGAUUAUGUUAUUUCCAUAAGGAUAUUGGUUUGGUUGUGUUUAGAUAUUUGAAAUUUUCCAUAUUAAUUUUUUCUCCUCAAGAUAUUGUAGUAUAUAUAUGAAGAUUUUUCGGUUUUACAUCUAUAUAUUAAUUUUUUUUUACUUUAAUUGAGUUGGGAGUACAUUUUUUUUAUUGUUUACAUUGUCCUUGCUCUUCAAAAGAUAUUUCUAUUUUAGCAGUCUGAAAUUUUUUAGCCCCUGCAGUAUAUUAUGUUGUUUUUACAUGUAUGUCGAUGAAUAGAAGUAGAAGUUACUAUAAAAUUUUGUUAGUUUUAGAAGUUGCAAAUAAUAAAUUUAAAGAAAUG